AAUCCUCUCGGAGUGUCACAUUCCACUUCGGCUGCACCCUGAGCUGGUUCCGGCUGUGCUGUCGGCUCCAAUUCUCAGCAAAGGUGACUUUAACCUGGAGAAGCCGAAGUUCCAGCGGACACUAGAGUGUCCCACAAUUAUCUUCUCCUUGGUGACAUUAGACGAAACCUACGGGGUGGGUCCCCGGUCUCUGCUUAAAGGCUGCUCAGCCAAGAAAGCUGGCUCCAGGAAUUCGGAGAGAGGGGAAGAAGAGGGCGCCUCUAUGAGGCUUUAGGAAAAGCUAAUGGGUAGGACUGAGACUACAGGUUGGAUGUCUCGGAACAGAAAGAGCUGCGAGGCUGAUCAAGUGCAGCAAGCUGGCUUGUUUGGAUGGAGAGUUGCCUAGGCAAGCUGAGUACUUGAGAGCCUCUCCUGCCCUUCUCCAGAGUGCUUUCCAGCGAUGAGGUCACAGGCCCUCGGAACCCUCCUCCUCCCUCCAGUCCCUCCCGCUCCCCAGUCUCCUCCAGCUUCAGGCGCUGGGCACUGAGAAUGAGGCGACAGUGCGCAACCAUGAAGUAGCGCAGGAGGUCCCUUGGAAAAUGAGGCCAGGGUACCUGCUGCAGCUUGCGCUCCUGCUUGCCCUGCCCAGGAGCCUGUGGGGCAGAGGGUGUGUGUCUCCACCCUGUGAAUGCCACCAGGAGGACAACUUCAGAGUCACCUGCAAGGAACUCCACCGCAUCCCCAGCCUACCACCCAGCACCCAGACUCUGAAGCUCAUUGAGACUCACCUGAAGACCAUCCCCAGUCUGGCGUUUUCAAAUCUGCCCAAUAUUUCCAGGAUCUAUUUAUCUAUAGAUGCAACUCUGCAGCGGCUGGAACCACACUCUUUCUACAAUUUGAGUAAAAUGACUCACAUAGAAAUCCGGAACACCAGAAGUCUAACCUAUAUAGACCCUGAUGCCCUAACAGAGCUCCCCUUGCUCAAGUUCCUAGGCAUUUUCAAUACUGGACUUAGAAUAUUCCCUGACCUGACAAAAAUUUAUUCCACUGAUGUAUUCUUUAUACUCGAAAUCACAGACAACCCUUAUAUGACUUCAGUCCCUGAAAAUGCAUUUCAGGGACUGUGCAAUGAAACCUUGACCCUGAAACUGUACAACAAUGGAUUUACUUCAAUUCAAGGACAUGCUUUCAAUGGAACAAAGCUGGAUGCUGUUUACCUAAACAAGAAUAAAUUCCUGACAGCUAUUGACAAAGAUGCCUUUGGAGGAGUGUACAGUGGACCAACCUUGCUAGACGUGUCUUCCACCAGUGUCACUGCCCUCCCCUCCAAAGGCCUGGAGCACCUGAAAGAACUGAUCGCAAAAGACACUUGGACUCUCAAGAAGCUUCCACUGUCCCUGAGUUUCCUCCACCUCACCAGGGCUGACCUGUCUUACCCGAGCCACUGCUGUGCCUUUAAGAACCAGAAGAAAAUCAGGGGAAUCCUAGAGUCUUUGAUGUGUAAUGAGAGCAGUUUCCGGAAUCUGCGUCAAAGAAAAUCGGUGAAUGUCCUGAGAGGUCCCAUCUACCAGGAAUAUGAGGAAGAUCUUGGUGACAACAGUGUCAGGUACAAACAAAACUCAAAGUUCCAGGAGAGCCCCAGCGACUCCCAUUAUUACGUAUUCUUUGAAGAACAAGAAGAGGAGAUCAUUGGUUUUGGCCAGGAGCUCAAAAAUCCUCAGGAAGAGACUCUGCAAGCGUUUGACAGCCACUAUGACUACACUGUGUGUGGGGACAAUGAAGACAUGGUGUGUACCCCCAAGUCAGAUGAGUUUAACCCCUGUGAAGACAUCAUGGGCUACAAGUUCCUGAGAAUCGUGGUAUGGUUUGUCAGUCUGCUGGCUCUCCUGGGCAAUAUCUUUGUCCUACUUAUUCUCCUUACUAGCCACUACAAACUGACUGUGCCACGCUUUCUUAUGUGCAACCUGGCCUUUGCGGAUUUCUGCAUGGGUGUAUACCUGCUUCUCAUUGCCUCUGUAGACCUGUAUACACACUCUGAGUACUACAACCACGCCAUUGACUGGCAGACAGGCCCUGGGUGCAACACGGCGGGUUUCUUCACUGUUUUUGCCAGUGAGCUCUCAGUGUACACACUAACAGUCAUCACCCUGGAGCGAUGGUAUGCCAUCACCUUCGCCAUGCGCCUGGAUAGGAAGAUCCGCCUGAGGCACGCAUACACCAUCAUGGCUGGUGGCUGGGUUGCCUGCUUCCUGCUUGCCCUGCUCCCCAUGGUGGGAAUAAGCAGCUAUGCCAAGGUCAGCAUCUGCCUGCCAAUGGACACCGACACGCCUCUUGCUCUAGCGUACAUUGUCCUUGUUCUGCUGCUCAAUGUCGUCGCCUUUGUCAUUGUCUGUUCCUGCUAUGUGAAGAUCUAUAUCACAGUCCGAAAUCCCCAGUACAACCCUCGAGAUAAAGACACCAAGGUUGCCAAGAGGAUGGCUGUGUUGAUCUUCACCGACUUCAUGUGCAUGGCCCCCAUCUCCUUCUAUGCCCUGUCAGCACUUAUGAACAAGCCCCUUAUCACCGUUACUAACUCCAAGAUCUUGCUGGUUCUUUUCUACCCCCUCAACUCCUGUGCCAACCCAUUCCUCUAUGCGAUUUUCACCAAAGCCUUCCAGAGGGACGUGUUCAUCCUGCUCAGCAAGUUUGGCAUCUGCAAGCGCCAGGCCCAGGCAUAUCAGGGUCAGAGAAUCUGUCCAAACAACAGCACUGGUAUUCAGAUUCCAAAGGUUCCCCAGGACAUGAGGCAGAGUCUCCCCAACACACAAGAUGCCUAUGAACUCCUUGGAAAUGUCCACCUAACUCCAAAAACACAGGGACAAUUUUCAGAAGAAUAUAAGCAAACGGCCUUGUAAAAUGAUGCUCCAUUAUUCACAGUGGGACUUUAAAAGGCUGCUUUCUUGAACACACGUUCUGAUAUAUGACAUAUGGGUGUAUAGCUUCAUGCAGGUGAUGUUUCAUAGGGACACAGUUAAUCUCUAGAGAGUAUCUUCAAGAAGGGAGAGAAGCUAUCAGCAUAUCUGAGUCCCAGGUGAUAUAAAAUAGUCUACAUUCUCCAGGGGACUCUGUGACACUGUGCAACAUGUCCCACAGAUACCACUUGAACUAUUCCCGCAUCUGUCUUCUCUGGUUUAUGUAGUGUUGUCAUAUAGCGAAGAAUCAACAAAUGGCCAGCGUUCAUUUUCUUAUGCAACUCCUCAAUAGCUCUCCUCAUAUAACCAAAGAAAGGUUUGUUCCUUAAAACUAAAAUGCCACACUUGGCAGGUGGAGGCAGAGGAAUCCAAACUUCGUCCUUAGCUAUAUAGUGAAUUCUAAGCCUGGGCUACAUGAGACUCCCAUCACAGGAGAUCAAAAGAAUCCUGGAAACCGAAACACAAUUAGAUGUCACAUAAUUGCUUCCAUUGAGUAUGAAAUAGGGGGAAGUUUAGCUUUGAGACAUUUUUUUUCUUUAGACUGUCAAACAAGUUUCUCUUCACAAGAAUCUACAUACAUUGAUGGAGAAACUGCUGAGAUUUCAUCUUUUGUGGCUGAGCAAUCUACGAAUUAGCUUCUUGUGGAAGAUGGGAGCUCUGGAAGGUCUUUUCAGCAACACGUGGGGAAUGAGGACAGAGAACACGUAGCUACCUGUUGAAUAAUAUUACUAGACACCAGCUGACUAUUGAGCAAGUCCCUGGAACUCCAAGUACUGUAGAAAUGGAGGCAUACGAUGGCCUCUUCCAUUUUAAAAACUCUAGAUGCAUUUUCAUGACAGAGGAAAAAAAGGUACUACUUAAGUAGAAUCUGAAUUUUCUGUCUUGUGGAGCUACUGUCUAUUUCUUUUUGGAAUCAUGAUAUGACCCAAGAAGAUUUUUCUUUAUUUCAUUUUAAUCAUCAUGUCUGAACCAAAAAAUUCUACUGAGUGAGUAUGUGGAGACAGAUCCUAAUUAUUCACCUAAUGAUUAUAUCUAUAUAAAUCCAAAACAGACUGGAAUUUAUGUACUAGACUAAUAAUACAGCCUGGCAUGGUGGCACACUCCUUUAAUCCCAGCACUCCGGAGACAGAGGCAGGUGAAUCUCUGAGUUCGAGGUCAGCCUGGUCUACAAGGCAAGUUCCAAGACAGUCAGAGAUACACAGAGAAACCCUGUCUCAAAAACAAAACAACAAGAGAUAGACUAAUAAUAGCGUUACUGUGGGACUGUGUUGACUCACUUCAAAACAUUUACCUCAUCGUCACAGAUUGGUUUCAUGCCCUCAGCAGCUCAUACCACACUAACACUGUCAAGAGAGAAAUCUUUUCAUCUGACACUGGCAGUGUCCUUCUCUAACCCUGCCAGUCACUGACAUGAAACAUUUGUGUCCCAAUAGUAACCUUGCUUCAAACAGCCAGGAACUGUGUCUACAGGUGUACCUUCCAGAUUGCCUGUCUGGAGAACUCCUUACUACAUUUGUUCUAGUGUCCCCACCCCACCCCACCCCACCCCAAGCAGAUCCGGCAUUUGCCUCUCAGUGCUCACGAACCAAAGCAGGAAAUAAAAGGCUGUGUCACUUUAAGUCUGUGGAGUAGGGUUUGUGGUUCAUCUGACAUGGCUCUUACUUGACUGGCCUGGUGCUUUGUCAUAGUCACACAAGCACUGGCUUUCCCAACAGGUCACUUGUAACUACUGAAAUUGACCUAACGUGUUAUCUUGUGGCAUGUGUUUCUCUCUUGUGACAUUUUGAAAUAUCACAUCUGGACAGAGGAUGUGUUUCAUCUUGAGUAGCUGACCUAGUGCUUUGAAGACAAAGUCCUAGAAGAGGACAUUGACAAAAUGAAAUAAAUUUUCUUCCUAUA